AUGGCUGAAAACAAGGUGAAGUUAACCAAACCUGUGAAUAAGACUCCUCCAAAAUCUCCUUCAGAUCCGGCAAAAGAUCGAGCAGCAAAACGAUUAUCCUGUGAAUCGAACAGCUCCCAUGAGGGAGCUAUGGCAGGAGAAAUAAGUGCUCUGGAAGAGGCCUUUAGAAAAUUUGCCAUCCAUGGUGAUACAAGAGCCACAGGAAAAGAGAUGCAUGGGAAGAACUGGUCAAAGCUAUGUAAGGACUGUCAUGUGAUAGAUGGAAAGAACGUGACAAUCACAGACGUUGACAUUGUCUUCAGUAAAAUCAAGGGAAAGUCUUCCAGAACUAUCACUUUUGAGCAGUUUAAGGAAGCUCUUCAAGAACUCUCCAAGAAGCGAUUUAAAGACAAGAGUGAUGAGGAAGCAGUUCAGGAAAUAUAUAGACUAAUUGAAGGAAAAGCCCCAAUUAUAUCUGGAGUAACGAAAGCCAUUUCAUCUCCAACUGUAUCACGUCUUACAGAUACAUCAAAAUUCACAGGUUCUCACAAAGAGAGAUUUGAUCCCAGUGGGAAAGGAAAAGGCAAAGCUGGCCGAGAAGAUCUGGUGGAUGCUUCAGGAUACGUAUCUGGCUAUAAGCAUGCAGGCACAUAUGAUCAUAAAGUACAAGGAAGCAAGUAAGGCUGAGGGCUUACAACACAGAGGGAGCAAAAGAGGGGAAAGAGAACAUAUUUGUAAGAAUGCUGUAGAUGAAUCCCACAUGUUUUGGUUAUUGUGAGUGCUAAGACUGGAACUGGAACCGAUUUCAACAUCUGCUGAGCUACUUGCAGCACAACACCACUUCAUUACAUUCCUCAUGUGUAUAUUGGCAACAAUAAAUAUAUCAGUACAAAAAAAAUACAUAAUUUUGCUGAGCUUUAGAUAAAAA